AUGGACUUCUGCACGAGUUCGAAGGCUGAGAACUCGACCACCCUUCUUCUUUCUUCGUCUUCUUCUUCUUCUCCUCCUUUUCUUCUUCUUCUUCUUCUUCUCCUCCUUUUCUUCUUCUUCUUCUUCUUCUUCUUCUUCUUCUUCUUCUUUCUUCUUCUUCUUCUUCUUCUUCUUCUUCUUCUUCUUCUUCUUCUUCCACUUCUUCUUCUUCUUCUUCUUCUUCUUCUUCUUCUUCUUCUUCUCCUUUUUUCUUCUUUCUUCUAUCUUCUUCUUCCACUUCUUGUUCUUCUGCUUCUUUCUUCUUCCUCCGCUUCUCCUCCUUCUUCUUCUUCUUCCACUUCUUUUUCUUCUUCCUCCACUUCUUCUUCUCCUCCUCCUCCUCCUUC